AUGGUUUAUUGUUUUCGCAGCAUGAAAUAUCGCCUAUGUCGUCAAUCUCUUAAUACUAUCUUUAAAUCUUUUAUCUUACCAUUAUUUGACUAUGCAGAUGUCAUUUGGGAUAACUGUUCCGAACAAGACAGCAAUAAACUAGAACAGCUGCAACUAGACGCCAUUCAUACGAUCACUGGUCUUGUAAGGGGUACUUCUCAUGCCGUCUUAUACCGAGAAUCUGGAUAUACUCCUCUAUCAGAAAGACGUAAACGUCACAAAAUAAUACUUUUCUACAAAAUGAUUAAUAAACUAGUUCCCCAAUAUCUAUCCAUUUUUGUCCCACCAACUAUAUCUCUUAUAAACCCAUAUCCUGUUCGUAAUCAGGGUAACCUUAGAACAAUAGCAACCAAUUCUACUCAAUACCAGGUCUCCUUCCGACCUUCAGCGGUUGAAUUAUGGAAUAGCCAAUCGGAAAAAGUCAAAUUAUGUGAAACUAUCGCUACACUUAAACGCAGUCUAUCAGAAACAGAUUCUAAAAUACCAACCUAUCACUAUACUGGAAAUCGAACAACUCAAAUAUUACACUGUCGCCUUAGACAUUCCAAAAGUGAUCUAAAUGCUCACAAAUUUUCUAUGUUCAUAUCUGACGACCCAAGAUGUCCCCAAGGGCAUCCCUUAGAAAAUGCAGACCACUCAAUGCCUUGA